GUUGAGGAGCUUCAGGCAAAACAGAGGAGAGAAGAGGCAACAAAUGUAUUGAUCUCGCCUUACUGCUAUGAAUGGCUUUGUCAGUGGACUCUGCUUUGUAUCGUUGGCAAUGGCUGGUGGCUGAAAGAUCCUCAGAGACUUUAUCAGAAUCGACACCUCUGCUGUCUGCUGUCAAAGAUGGGCUGAGAUACAACUUAAACAAAUGGCGGGUUGUGUUUCCUAACAAUGGGAGACUUCAGAAAGAUUGGGAGAUUAUUUCUAGGUUUUAUGCUGGAAAUGGGAUACGGACCACAAAGUAUACCUGGUUCACCUUCUUGCCCCAAAAUCUCUUUGAACAGUUUCACAGGUUGGCUAAUCUCUAUUUCCUCUUUCUGGUGGUCCUAAACUGGUUCCCACAAGUAGAAGUUUUCCACAGGGAGAUCACUAUGCUACCUUUGUGUGUGGUACUGCUACUAAUUGCAAUUAAGGAUGGCAUUGAAGACUACAAGAGAUACAGAUUUGAUAAAACAGUAAACUCCUCUAAAACCAAAGCAUAUGAUAAGAAAGAACAGGCCUAUGUUGAGAAGUGCUGGAAAGACGUGCAAGUGGGAGACUUUGUACAGCUGCAGUGUAAUGAGACCAUCCCAGCUGAUAUCCUGCUACUGUACUCCUCUGAUCAGAAUGGAACCUGUCACUUAGAGACUGCCAACCUUGAUGGGGAGACCAAUUUAAAACAAAGACAGGUAGUGACAGGAUUCUUCCAUCAGAGCUCUGAGUUUCAUCCAGAAUUUUUCCAAAAUACCAUAGUCUGUGAGAUGCCAAAUAAUGAUCUCAAUAAAUUCAAAGGUUAUGUGGAGCAGCCUGAUAGCAAAAAGAUUGGUUUUAGCAGCGAAAACCUUUUGCUUCGUGGAUGUACAAUCAGAAACACUGAAGUCGCAAUAGGAAUUGUUAUCUAUGCAGGUCAUGAAACGAAGGCCAUGCUAAAUAACAGUGGCCCUCGUUACAAACGCAGCAAGAUAGAGCGACGGAUGAACAUGGAUAUUUUCUUCUGUGUGGGACUCCUGUUCAUUAUGUGUCUGAUUGGAGCACUUGGCCAUGGCAUUUGGAAUGGGAGCUUUUCAGAACACCCACCAUACAAUGUCCCAGAUGUAAAUGGUUACUAUUUGUCAUCGGCUCUUGCUGGUUUCUACAUGUUCCUGACAAUGAUCAUCUUGUUACAGGUGUUGAUCCCCAUCUCUCUCUACGUAUCCAUUGAGUUAGUCAAAUUGGGCCAAGUUUUCUUGAUUCACAAUGACAUUGAUCUGUACGAUGAAGAGAGAGAUUUUCCCAUACAGUGUCGAGCCUUAAAUAUCACUGAAGAUCUUGGGCAAAUCCAACACAUUUUCUCUGACAAAACUGGGACACUAACAGAGAACAAAAUGGUGUUUCGGCGUUGUACUAUCAAUGGAAAUGAGUUUUCACAUCAGGAAAAUGCCAAACGAUUGGAGACCCAUAAGGAUAUGGACUUGGAAGAUGCAGACUGGGCAAAAUGUCAGCAAGCCAUUUUUCCUGCGAUUGAGAUUGAGAAACAAGCCACUUUAAAACAGAAAAGUGCAAAACCUUUGAGAAGGUGUCAAAGUGCCAGGGCUCAUGUUCCUGGACAUGCAAGGAAGAGGUCAUUGGGACGUUGUGACAGCUCCCAGUCUCAAGUGGCAUUCAGCAGUACCAUAGAAAAGGAUGUGACCCCUGAUAGCAGACUUUUGAGGAAAGUAAGAGAUGCUGCCCUCCAGAUGGAGUCCUUGUCGCCUUUUACAUCUAAGGCUACCUUCUCCAGCACUACAGCUACUACUGACUUUUUUCUUGCAUUGGCCAUCUGUAAUACUGUUGUGGUCUCCACAGCAACUGAGCCAAGACAAAGGGUGACAGCCCCACCUCUGAUGAAGCCAUCAGGAAUCUCCUUGGAGAGGAUUCAUCAGCUGUUUCAACGGCUAAAAUUAGCAAACCUUAGUCAAUCUUUCUCAUCAACUCAGUCCCGUUCAGACCUAGGAGCCAGUUUUGAAACAGAGGAUAAUAAAGAGAAUCCAGCUGCCCCCAACUCCUGUGACAAAGAUGAUGACAACAAUGGUGGUGGUAGAAUUGUGGUUCACAGGAAGGACAGCACAGGGACUCACAAUACCUCUCUGGAUGAGGCUUUUGAAUCUGUUACUCAGGGCUCUUUGCAAGCAGAAUUUUGUUAUGAAGCUGAGAGCCCAGACGAGGCAGCCCUUGUCCAUGCUGCCCGGGCUUACAGUUUCACUUUAGUGUCCAGGACUCCUGAGCAGGUAACUGUGAGGUUGCCACAAGGUACCCUCCUGACUUUUGACAUACUUUACACGUUGGGAUUUGACUCUGUCAGGAAAAGGAUGUCUGUAGUGGUGAGGCACCCCCUUACCAAUGAAAUAAUUGUCUACACCAAAGGAGCAGACUCUGUUAUAAUGGAUUUACUAGAAGACCCUGCCAGAGAUGGCAUUGAUGUGGAGAAGAAACUCAGAAGAAUACAUGCCAAAACACAGAAGCACCUGGACUGCUAUGCAAGGGAUGGCCUAAGAACCCUGUGCAUAGCUAAGAAGGUUUUGAGUGAAGAGGACUUUGAGAAAUGGGCCAAUUUUCGUCAGGAGGCCGAGGCAGCAAUUGACAACAGAGAUGAGCUACUAAUGGAGACAGCACAGCAUCUGGAGACCAAACUCACCUUGCUAGGAGCAACAGGGAUUGAAGAUCGGCUACAAGAUGGAGUACCUGAUACCAUCGCUGCUCUCCGAGAGGCUGGAAUACAAAUCUGGGUGCUGACAGGAGACAAGCAGGAAACAGCCGUUAACAUUGCAUAUUCUUGUAAACUUCUGGACCAAAGAGACACUGUCUUUACUAUUAAUACCGAAAAUAAGGAAACCUGUGAAUCCCUCUUGGAUUUGACCUUGGAAGAAGUGAGGAAGAACUGUGGCAUUAAAAAAAGCAAAUGGACAUUCUUUGGCAUUGGUCUGCCAUCUUCUCUACCAGCUUCCACAGGCCCUGUUCCUGAAUUUGGGCUGGUUAUUGAUGGGAAAACAUUGAACAUUGUCUUCCAAGGGGAGCUAGAAAGGAAGUUUCUGGAGUUGACAAAGUACUGCCGCUCAGUUUUGUGUUGCCGGGCCACUCCUCUCCAAAAGAGCAAGGUGGUCAAACUAGUUCGGAGGCAACUAAAUGUCAUGACACUGUCAAUAGGUGAUGGUGCAAAUGAUGUGAGCAUGAUUCAAGUGGCUGAUAUUGGAAUUGGUAUAUCUGGUCAAGAAGGCAUGCAGGCUGUGAUGGCCAGUGAUUUUGCAAUAUCUCGAUUUAAGCACCUCAAGAAGCUGCUUCUCGUCCAUGGACACUGGUGCUAUUCUCGCUUGGCAAAGAUGGUGAUUUACUACUUCUACAAAAAUGUGAACUAUGUCAAUCUACUAUUCUGGUAUCAGUUCUUCUGUGGAUUCUCAGGAGCCACCAUGAUUGAUUACUGGCAAAUGAUCUUUUUCAACCUCUUUUUCACUUCCUUACCUCCCAUCAUUUUUGGGGUGUUGGAUAGAGAUGUUUCUGCAGAAACACUUCUAAGUUUGCCUGAACUAUACAAAAAAGGGCAAAAUUCAGAGAUCUACAAGUUGUCAACGUUUAUCAUUGCCAUGCUGGAUGCCUUCUACCAGAGUCUUGUCUGUUUCUUUGUCCCUUAUUUUACAUAUGAGGGUUCUGACAUUGAUGUUUUCACAUUUGGAACUCCCAUCAAUACCAUCUCUCUCCUGACUAUUCUCCUACACCAAGCUCUAGAAAUUAAAACUUGGACACUGUUUCAUUGGAUCACAAUGAUUGGAAGUGUUGUACUUUACCUCUUCAUCUCAACUGUCUACAAUGCUGUCUGUGUUGUUUGUAACCCUCCCACCAACCCCUACUGGAUUAUGGAGAAUCAGAUGUCAGAUCCUAGGUUUUAUUUACUGUGUUUCAUUGCACCGGUCCUUGCUCUUUUACCGAGGUAUUUUGUUUUAGCUCUGCAAGGAACCUUCGUAGCAUGUCCAAUUCUAAAAGCUCAGCAACUGGAUAAGCUUCCCAAAGAGCAACGAGAUCUGGAAAUCCAUUUGUGGAGGACAAAAAAUCAAGCUACCUUAGGCACAUCUUCAGUCUGCGUUGAUGAGGUUAAUCUAAGCACCAGCAAUGUAUGCCUGUCACCAUUCCUACAUCCAACAGCAUCUGCUAUAUCCCAUGAUAACCUCGGACUAUCCCCCCAAGAUACAAACCCCAGAAGGGAGUGGAUACUGAAUAGAGAAAGCCAAUAUUCCAUCAGGAGGCAGACAGAGGAAGAAACCACUUCAGCCAGUUCCUCAGUGACGGCCUCACCUUGGCAGUAUCAAUUUUUGACUGAUAGGAAUGCAUCUCCUGGGCAGUUCACUGGCCAGUUGACUGAUGGUUGUGCUGAAAGACUUAACCGUGGAAGCCAUCGGAGAUCAGUGAGUGCAGUGACACUAUGAAGGAUCUUGAGUUCUGAGCUUUCAACAAUGUGAUAACUUUCCUGGACAUAUUACUGCUGCUGUGCAGCCCUGAAGGAUAAAGAGUGCAGCAGGGGAAACCUUUUUCAUAAUUAUGUUCAACUGUGAAACUUUCUAGAAAUACACAGAUGGCUUUGUGAAUCUUCUGGAAUAGCUCAAUAUGAUAUAUUAAUAUGUGAAAUAGGCCAUGUGCACAUAUCAGUUUUCAAGGAUGUGGGGGCUGACUUAAUAAAUGGUUGGUUUCUUUGGUAUUGUUUGACCAGGAGAACAUCUAUGAGCAUCAGUUAAUCACUGUGAAAUGUACAAUUUGGACAAAAAUUGGAGAUGUUUCUCAUCAAAUAACAUUUUCCCUUCAAAGUAAUAGUGACCUGCGUGGUGAUUACAAGGUAAUUAUACAUUUAGGACAGUAAGGAAGGACCGAUUCUAUACACUGUGCCAUUCCAAAGAACAACAAGCUCCUCUUUAAUACCUAAGAAACAAAGCCUUAAAAAGGUCCUAUCAAAAAGCCCUUGAAUAUGUUCAGCUUUUUAAAAGUUAGCAAUAAGCCACUUAUAAAGGAGGAAAUUCGUUACCUUCAGUUGUUAAAAGUAAUAUCUAAAAUGUCCAACAGAAAAAAUGCUCUAGUUUUCAGGCUGUAUGGUUUAUGCAGGUGACAGCAUAAUAUGUAGUUGCACCAUUUCCUCUCUAUUGUCAGAUGGGCCCAUUUAUAUAGGUUGACCUUCCUCACAGUAAUGCUGGGCAGAAGAAAACAUUUUUAUAAACAGAAAACCACAAAAGUUGGGAGGAGGACUCCAGGCCAGUUAUAGAUGUUUAAAGCUACAAAAUAUAUAUCCAAAAGUGUAAUGGAAAUUUUAGUUAAAGUAUAUCUAUUCCUGAUUUCUUCUAAUCUGCAGAUGGUAUUUAUUUCUUUCCUUCUUACCCUGUACUAUUUGAUAUAUCUAUAAGGCAUAACGCAGUGACAUGCAAAGAGACCUAGGAUGACUUACAUGCAGAACACAGUACAGCCACAUUAACCAAGGCAGAAUACUCUGCUAAUUAUCGCUGCUAUGAGAAGCAAGGUUUAUUAAGCUACAUAAAGCACCAUAUGAAUGCAGCUAUACUGUAUUAUGUAAAUGCAUAUAGCACCAGUGCCCCAAUUACUUCAGGUAUCUCUGCAUGGCACUUCACUGUGCUGUGUAGUUACACCAUUUGCAUAGUGUUGUUAUGUUCUGUCAAACACAUCUCAUGUUGGCGUAGCUCAGUGGUGGAUGCAAAGAUUCCCAUAUGUUCAUCGUGUUGCUGGGGAUCAUUUAAGAUGAAAGUUGCUAUAGAGAUGGAAGAUAGUUUAAUAGUACAACAAAUAAAUCUACAUCUGACCUGAGAUCUGGGCACAUCAAUUGCUUUGGAUAUGAAUGGUACAUUACAGUAGUUGUGUUUGCCUAUAAUGACUAAAAUUCAGGUUAUCUUCUUAAAGUUCUGUUAAAAUGCAGAAGUUCAUCCUUAUCAGUAUCUUAAAGCAACAAGAUACAGGAACAUUCACAAAUAACACUCUGACCCCUAGCUGUUGCAAUGCAUUGAAAGAUGUCUUCACUAUUUCCCAUAGAAAUAUUCACUAUUAAUACUAUGUUAGAUUCAAGAUGUCACAACAAAUAGCUACAACUCAAUCAUGCACUAAGUUCAACUGGUCUCAUAUUUUUGUGACUCAACAGAUGACUCCAGUUUUUUAGCUUUUGACAUGUGUAAAGUACAUUUUUAGCUAAUUAUUUAUUACACCUCACAAUGUGUGAUGUCUCUUUAAUAAACUGUUUAGCAAAUACAGGCGGUCCUCAACUUGCAACAUUUUGAGUUAUGUUUCACACUUACAACCAUUAUAAAUUGACACCCUGUUUCAAUUUUAUGGCAUCAGUUUUGACUUACAAUGCUUG